AUGGCUGAUGCGGACAAGGAGGGUACUGAAACCCUACCCAAUACGCCAGAUACAAUUCCCCUGGAUGAUCACUUCUUCAGCCCCAGGACCCGUGCAAGGCUACAGGGCGACUUCGCUCGCCUAGUCCCUGUCAACCACGCGGCAGUGCUUGCAUUCCAUUCCAUUGCUGAACGUACGAGGCUUGAACCUGAUUGGAACCCUCACAUCCGGAAGUUCCUUUUCAUCGAAGAAACCCCACGGCAGCUCUCUCCUGAAUGGGAUGGUAGUGAUGUUUCUAGUGAUACAACAGACGGGCACCCAGCCCAAGUGUUGAUGGGCUACUACCGACUUAGCUUGGAGAUUCUGACCAACCACGCUAGGCUGGGCUGGGUCAUUGGGAGCGGCAGAAAGGAUCUCGUCAAUGGUGGCGUUGAUUUCCUGUUGACCCUCCAGAAAAACAGACAUCAUGUCCAUGGUCGACAUGCUCGGCUGGUCCAUCAUGCUCAAAAUGGUGCACUGAUGCUCCAUGUCGGCAAAGGCAAGGUUGUUCAGGUCAAUGGCAUUGAACGACUCGAGGGCUCGCAGCGAGUCCUUGGGUCAGUGCGUACUGCGCUGUCCUUUGGCAACCUCUCCUACAAUUUGGAGUUUACCGGAUUGAAUGAGAAUAACUAUCGGGAAAAGCUAGGAGAGCUGUUCACCAAGCUUCAUCCCGAUGGUGAUGUGCCUCCCAUGUCUCUGGAGCUGACACCUCUUGAGCACCACCACGAACUGCAUGGGUUUCUGAUACAUUCCCCCUUUGCAUCUGGUGCUAGUGGUGUUGUGUCGGCCGGAUUCGAAAAAUCUACCGGUCGGGCCGUGGCAAUCAAACGUGUCAAGCGUACACCAGCAACGGUCGCGCGAAUCCAACUGGAAAUCCAGAUCUACAAGAAAAUAGGAAACCAUCCAAACCUCUGCCAUCUGAUGGCUGAUCUUUAUUCGGGAGGCGACGAAUACAGCACAGGCAAGUCCAAGAUCAAUGAUGUAUACCUGGUUCAUUCUCCACUGGCCAGACAGACAUUUCUUGACUUGACCCUCUCAAAAAGGCCAUACGAUGUUCGCAUGUCUGCCUUCCGCCAGGUUUUGAAAGGCCUUGCCCAUCUGCAUCAACAUGGUAUCAUGCACAGAGACUUGAAGCCCACGAAUAUGAUGAUCGUGUCGUACUCGCCUGUACAUGCAAUAAUUAUUGAUUAUGGGAGCGCUACUUUCGAUGCCACUUCAACGGAUCACUACUGUGGAACAAUCGCAUAUCUCGCACCGGAAGUUCUCAAGCUCAAAUAUCAGAAUGAGAGUCUAAACCAGGAACCCUAUGAUUGCCGCGUGGAUGUUUGGUCCAUGGGACUUUCAGGGUAUCAGCUUUUCUUCCAGGAACAUUGCCGGUGGGAAAAAGGUGUAAGCAGCGUCACUCAUCAGGAUAUCAUACGGAACUUGAAAUCACGACCAGCCUCUAUUGCUGAUGUGCUUAUCAAGAUGCUUUCAUGGCAGAGUGCGCAACGUCCCCAUGCAAACGAGCUCCUUCAGUCGAAGAUCUGGCCCAAGACGAUCGGCGAUGCCGAAGCCCCAAACAUCGACAGCUCGGCAUCUUUGCAUUUACACAAACGGGUGAAGAGGUGA